CUCGUUCAAAGAUACCAUUCGAUUUUUGCGGCCUCAAGAAUCAACAACCUGGGUGGCACCGGCAUGUCGUUACAUUUGCAAAACACAAGUAGCUAUUCUUUCAGUAAGCAUACGAAAAAGUGCCACUGCAUACAAUGCUCAUCACCAUACCCGUGUUCUUGACCAGCUGUGUGCAGCUGCUUCCCGAUAAGCCGCCUCAAAACAGUCGCGGACGCUUCUCGUGAUAAGCGAUCUUGCAGCGCCAUAGUAUCCAGCCUGGCAGAUGACAAGAGCGUUUAAACAGAAGAACCACCUGACCUCUGCGGAUGCGUAUUUAUAAUGCUCGCCGGAGCAACAUGAAGUAUGACACCCACUGUUCGACCGCCAAACAUGCCGCUCGCACCUGUGAACCCCGAUGGCGCAGAACUAUACUACGAAGAUACAGGCGCACCCCAAGGCUCCGAUGUUUACAAAACCCUCAUCCUGCUUCACGGCGCGGUAUUCCACAGCGCCGUCUUCCGCCCAAUGUUACAAUUCGCUGCCCAGCAUAACCUACGUCUUGUUGCUUUGACGCUAAGGGACUAUCCGGGCUCCACGCCGUAUACAUCUGAGGAGAUAGCUGCAUUGAAAGGCGACAAAGAUAGCCAGACAAACAUGAUCAAGGAUAGAGGGAACGAGUUGGCUGCAUUUCUUGCGUGGUUCAUUCAGAAGGAGCGGAUCCCGCCGCUUUCAACUUCAUUCGAUCAAGAUGAAGCCGCCAAAAGAGCAGAUGGUGGACUAGCGGUUCUGGGCUGGUCUUGGGGCAAUUGCAUUAUGCUUUCAUUGCUUGCUCAUGCGGGCGAAUUACCGGCGUCACAGCAGGACACACUGGGGAAGUACCUUCGCACGUGCAUUAUUUUUGAUGUUCCGCUCUUCCCAUGGGGUGUGCCGUUGCCUACUGAGGACGGACCAUGGAACCCUAUGUCGAAUCCUAAUAUUCCUCCAGAACGAGCCAACGAGAUCUUCCUACCAUGGGUUACUGGCUAUUUCGCCCACUCAGAAUCUGCGCUGGCAUCUUUCGAAGCUUUAUCUAGCGAGGACAUUCUCGCUGGACUAGCGUUAACCUCCAUUCCCGAUCCAGCGCCGGAGUGGCAGUCGACACAGCAGCGCAUGUCUGCUGAGCAGUACGCGGAGAUCACCGAUCCCUCUGUGAUGGAACGGUCGCACCACCUGAUGCAGAACAUUCAUCAUGAAGUAUACAAGGAGAACACUCGGCACGCGCUGAGGGAUGCUAUAGCGCUGCCGCAUGUGCGGGCAGUUCUGGUCUGGUGCGAUAUGUCCGUCGGCGAGACAGUCUAUGCUGCUUGGCAUUUGGCACAUGACGUCGCGAAUGCUUGGUCCCCUGAUGGAAGGAAGGUCGAAUUCAAGAGGUUUAGAGGAGCGAAUCAUUUUCCGCACUGGGAUCAACCCGAGCGCACGUUGUCCCUCCUGUCGGAAAUCUUGUGAAUUGAAGAGACGGGGUUAGCAUGGGUAGCGUUGUAUGCAACAUCUCUAUUAAACUUGACUUUCCGUGAAUUGUCCCUAAUGCAUCAUGAC